CAGUGAGUAACGUCGUCUGGUUGGGCUGUCGGCUGCCACCGCCGGGUACAUCUACUUCUUCUUUUGCCUGCCUUCUCGUGUGUGGGGUGUCCUUUUGUUGUGGUUCGCCACGAACUUACGAACUGACAGGCAAUCAGACGGACGCCAACUAAAAGCUAAGCCAAUCAGCCAACUGCACGUACUAGCCAGCCGGCGGCUGCAAGUUCCCCAAGCGGGCGAGCAAGCCAGCCUAAGAGGGCUGUCGGUCGGACCGGUUUAGGGCCCGCUGCUACCGCCGUCGCCGCCGCUAACUCUACCAGACGACCAUAAGGGCAGCAGAAUCCCGCCGUUGCAGCCUCUGUUGCUACUAAUACAGCCGCUGCAUCAUUGGCCCUCUUUCUGGGUCUCUGACUGCUGCUGCUGCUGCUGACGAGCACGAACGAUGCAUGACAAACGAACAAUAAUGAAUGAGAGAGCGUCUGGCGGCGCGAUGUUCAAUACAUAUACACGUUGACCAGAAUCCUGAUAAAAGGACAGCCCGAUAUCCUGACUUGAGUGAGAAUCUACGACGUAGUUAUGUACUAUAUAUUGCGCAAUUGAAUUGAGUUAUGUUGAGCCGUGGUUAGAGCCCAACUGCGCUGAAUAGCUCGGACUAAUGCAUAGCUUGUGGUUAGCGGGCUUCAGUUGUCAACAAUAACCCCAACAGUAUCGUCCUUCUCUAUGGAAGGGCGCUACUAAGCAGUGUUUUGGGAAGGAAGUGCUGUGCUACGCGGUAAAGAGCGCGGAAAGAGCGUCACUGGAGAAGGACGACUCAUACUACAGACACAAUCACCUCCGCUACGUCUGUUGGUGUUACUGCCAUAGCGUGAAGCAGUGACCCAGGCAGCAGCAUCUGCAGCAGCCACGGCCCUCAAAACAGAGGGAAACGUCAAUAGUGCGGCGAAAGCGGCUUUACUCUUACUCUGCCGGCUUUGGCUUACCCUCUGCUUCUAUCGCGUAUCACUAUGUAACCACGACGACGACGUCGUCGUCAUCAUCAUCACCACCAUCAUCAUCAUCAUCGAACAACUACCAUCCAGCAGCGCUAACAACAACACAAACUGUUUAGCAACCAGCACUAAUAGUAGACUUAGCAGCAGAAAUAAUAACAACAACAACAACAAGAGAAGCGUCAACGUUGAACGAGCGGCAGUAGUCGAAGCAGCAGCGGACUACGGCGGCGGCGACGCCGCCAUCGUACGAGUUACUGCCGCGGUCGGCGUUAGUGAGUGGCGGUCGUUGGUUGGCCAACAGCCACGGUAGCAUCAAGUAGAAGAAGUAAUAGCGACAGGGUAGUGGUACAACUACGACGCAACUGCUGGUGCUAACACGGGAGUUACAGUACUACGGAUACGUCUGCACUCACUCCAGUAUCUCCAUACGACGGCUCCGCUCCGCCGGCUCUGGUGAGUUCAGGGCCAGCAGUAGCUGUUGCUGCUUUUCCAUUGCUGAUGCUAGUGGUAGACUUGUAAUGAUGUCGUUCCGACUUUCCCCACAAUCAGACGGAUCCACAAGCGUUGCUCUAGCUACACAGUCUCUUGUACAUGAGUGUAAUCGACAGUGAUUGAACGGGAACGCGGUGGCCGCACGACGCCGAGCGGUCAGAAGGUUGACCGAAGUGACCACAACAGUAGAAUAUCAGAGUUAAGAAGUCACCAGCCGAGGUGAGUUUACUAUUGAGGUUAGCUAACUUAUCACCAUAGAGAGAACUCAAGGAUCUAACACCCGCCCAGUCCCACCUUUCUGUCUGCCCAGGUUUUCGUCCGCAGUGACAGAUCACUAACCACCUAGAACUACUGCAGCGCCCGUCUCUUUGCUCGGAAGGCAACAAUACUGCGCCGGGUUCCCAUUAAAGUAAAAUUCGCUGUAUAAAUACGUAUUGCAUUAAUAGUAAUAACGUGGUAACAAUAAGUAGUAAAGAAAAAUGCUAUAGCCACGAUCAUCGUUCAAGUCCCCAUACAACAGGUAAUAUACUAUACAAUCAUCCACCCACUGUGUGAUCGUUAUUCACGCGUCUCGGACGUGAACACCAAUAUCGUCGAAUGUUCCACUAUUGCUUAUUUAGCAGCAAUCGUUGUUGUCUCGAUUGCUAUUAACGGAAGAGAUCAUCCCGUUGUCAGUCGCGCGCAAAAUCACCUAACCGGGAAAAAAAAGCGACGGCACAGUGAGAAGUGCUCAUCACGGCCACAUCCAUCUGAAAGCAGUAGCCGGCAGCUGCUGAAAGUGUUUAACCGUUGUUGUGUUUGUCGUUGUUGUAAGAGAUGGUAUGAAGUCGGAUGAGCCAGUUUUUCUGCGACAAGCGAAAUUGUCGCUGCUGUUAGUGGACCACUCUCUACCAGUGUCGGCAUAGUGAUUUCCACGUGAAAGCCGUGAUACAAUAGAGUCAAACACAUGCAGGCGGCUUUCAGAGUUCAUCCAAGAGGGCGCAUCGCAACCGGUACACCAUAUCGAUUUGAAAUCUGUCGCUUGACAUAACACGGUCCGCCGAAUAGCGUUUACGUAUUCGUCGCAGGACCCACAUCAAAAAAAAGAGGUAAGCCUUGCAUCAGGCUAGUACCGCAACACGUCGCUGUUGAUUUCGACAAAAUCUCGCAGUGUCCAGUAUGUCUUCAGAAAAGAAGCGUCAGUCGCCUGUAGCAGUGGUCGGUGCCAAUAUUGCCAUUGGCUUCAUCAAGGCCAUGAUGUACACCUACGACAUUGCUACUCUCCCAGUAUACACAAUUAUACAGAAACCCUGGAUUAUCUGGAAGAACAGGUCCACGGUAUUUGCCGCCAUCGAUGUAUCUGCCUCAUCACCACAGAAAGGAGCUCAGGAAGACGCUCGCUCUAAGGACACCACCAGCAGUGAAUUGGCUACAAUAGCUGGUCCAUCGGGACAGACUGUGGCGGUAUCGCCGAGUUCCCAGGAUGUCGCAGCAGCGUCGUUGGCUGCAUCCAAUGUCCAGCAGCAACAACGACAGUCAGGCAUCGGCAGCGAAUCGAUCGGUCUCAGGAGUAGCUCCAGCGGACCGUGGGUUCGACGGGUUCAUCGUAUCAAUGAGGCGAUCUUUGAGGGCAUGCAAACUGUUGACCAACUCACUCGCAAGGCCGUGAAGCAAUAUGCUGACGAAGUCUGCUUCGGAUGGCGUGAAGCUUACGCGGAGGAGGCAGAAGAACAGCCGGAUGGCAAAACCUUCCGAAAGAUUCUUCAAGGAGAGUAUUGUUGGAUGUCUUAUCGAGAUUUCGAUCGUAAAGUUGACCUUGUGGGCCGCGCUCUUAUGUCUUUGGGGGUUCGUCCCCGACAAAACGUCUGCAUCCUUGCCGAGACUCGUAUGGAAUGGAUGUUAACUGCACAAGCCUGCCUCAGGAUUAAUAUCCCGGUCGUUACACUUUACGCUACACUUGGAGAAGAAGGCAUUAUUCAUGGAAUUACGGAGACAGAGACAACACAUCUGAUUACGUCUCAGAACCUAAUGGCAAAAGUGGGGAAGCUUUUGCCGCAGCUGCCUUCAGUUACACACAUCAUCUAUAUGGAGAGUUCGGUCCAUAAGGCAAAGCCCAAACUCGACAAAAGCCUCGGGGUACAUUUGGUUCCCUUUUCUCAGCUUGAGGAGCUGGGAAAAAUCGCCGACGAGGGACUCAAGGGCGAGAUUCCCGGACCAGACGACACAGCGAUUAUCAUGUACACCUCAGGGUCAACAGGAAAACCAAAAGGAGUCAUGAUCACUCAGGCCAACAUUGUUGCAACGGCCAGAGGAUUUCAAACCAUGGUGCCUGAGGUGGAUCCUCGUGACGCGUAUAUAGCUUAUCUACCGUUGGCACAUAUUUUCGAGUUGUGCUGUGAGAUGGUGGCCAUCGCUCUUGGAGUCCGAAUAGGCUACGCCUCACCCCUCACACUCACCGACAAAUCAACGGGAGUGAAGACUGGCUGCAAAGGUGACGCGACCCUACUCCGACCAACUGUCAUGGUGUCAGUCCCACUGAUUCUUGAUCGAAUCCGCAAGAGCGUCACAGAAGCCGCCGAAGCCAAGGGGCUGUUUGCGAAAAUGUUUUUCAAGCAUGUCGUAAAUUAUAAAGCAUUUUGGCAACGGUGGGGCUUUAAUACACCGCUUCUCGACCUCAUAGUAUUCAACAAGAUGAAAGCUCUUCUUGGAGGUCGCAUCAAGGUUGUUGCCACAGGAUCUGCUCCGCUUUCAGCCGAUACUCAUGCAUUCAUCAAGGCGUGUCUAGGCUGUGACCUUAUUCAGGGUUACGGACUUACUGAAACCUCAGCCGGUGCCACUGUUAUGGAGCUGAGUGACAUGAGUUUAGGAAAAGUGGGGUCUCCCCUGGCUGGCACUCUGCUUCGUCUCGUCGACUGGCCUGAAGCAGGCUACUUUUCAACAGAUAAACCUAAUCCUCGGGGGGAGCUUGUUAUUGGCGGAUCUACCGUAUCUAAGGGCUAUUAUAAGAAUGAAGCUUUGACAAGAGAGUGCUUCAAGGUUGAUUCUGACAACAUGAGAUGGUUCUAUACUGGGGAUGUCGGUGAAGUAUACCCGGACGGUACCAUUAAAAUUAUCGAUAGGAAGAAGGACCUAGUAAAACUCCAAUUUGGCGAGUACAUUUCUCUGGGAAAAGUUGAGGCAGAACUGAAAACGUGCCCACUUAUCGAAAAUGUCUGCGUGUAUGGGAGUUCGUUUCACACAUACUUGGUAGCUUUGGUCGCGCCUAAUGAAAAAAACCUUGAACAGCUUUCAAUUCGUCUGAACAAGCAAGGCUUGACCUUCCAGGAUAUGUGCGAAGAUCCUGAGAUCAGAAAAACUGCCACGAACGAAAUUCUCGAACAUGCUCGUCGUUGCAAUCUGCAUAAGAUGGAAAUUCCCACCAAGAUUAAAUUGUGCUCGGAGUCUUGGCAGCCUGAUUCAGGACUCGUAACCGCGGCUUUCAAGAUCCGCAGGAAGCAGAUCACCACCUACUAUCAGAAGGACAUCGAUCAGAUGUACACAAACUCCAAGUCGACUUAAGCCCUAACAAUCUUUUGAGAAAUACGACUCUAGUUUACUGUUGUCAAAUCCAAGGCCUUGAUGGAUGGUGCUUCUGCCUCCCGGACCCCAGAGAGUAAAGAUAUAUAACUAUUAUAUUAUAUUCACACAAUUUUUAAUACGUUCAACCAUAACCUUACUUUAUCGAUUCAUUUGUAUGAGUGCACUAUGACCCUGAUACGAUAGUUUGGGCCAUGGCACCAUAAAUGGUCUGGUAUAAGUACAUUGCAUGAGCUUGUAUCGAUAUAGACUCGUACUUAGAUUAUUUGAGACGAAUCGUCCCACUAUGAGAAGAACCAAGUGGUAAGGACGUGGAUUGUCAACUAUAGAUAUAUAUGGGAGGAAUCAGGCAUCUAAUGUGUCUGCAAGCGAAUAAGCGCGAGGCAUAGUGUGGCUGAACCCAGCCAGUGCCAGCGUUGUAAGUCACUGAACUGUCCGAUUUUGGGACACUGUUCGAGUACAAUAAUUCCCCGAGGUGUCCCGAUAAUAACGCAGGAUGUUAGUAAUGAUUUCAAAGUGAGCAAUUAUACUCAAGCUAAGCCGAUGCGGCUACUCUUAAUAGACCGACUAAAAUGGGAUCGUUUGCAUCGAAUUUUGGAAAGGGUGCAGGCGCAAACGGAUCGGCUUAGCUAAUACAUAUAUCAUUGGGAACGCAUAUUUACACAAUGUGAAACAGCCCCAACGCUCCCGAUCAGGGCCUGAGCCCACAUUUUACUGAUUCGAUAAAAUACCCACCUCUACCUAUGCACAGUUACUUCCACAGGAAACACGCCUAAGGCGUAAGUGGAGCUUGCGCUGAGCAAACGCAAGUUUGGUCAGAGCAAGUUUCGAAAGAAAGUAGCAGCCUUUAACAGGCCGCAUUAGGGUAAAACGGUUGUAGUUCGUUGUGAGUAACCAGGCUAGCAGAGAAACAAAGGGACUUGUGAUGGACCCUUUUUACUGUCCUUUAGUGGAAAUGAGAUAGUAUUUCUUAGGUACUGGUAACAUUUUGGUCACUCUGUAUCUCGAUGUACUGUACAACAGCUUGCUCUAUUGCCUCUAUAAAGUGAGCAAUACGACAGCGUAAGUUAGCUGUGUAAUACUAUAAAAUGAUGUUUGACGUGAACGCAGUCGAUGUAGCGGCGGAGCGUCCCGAUAGAUUUCGUUUUAAGAUCUCUAUCACCGCUAUCAAAAGGGGCGUGUCAAUAGAGAAGGAACAGAAUAGAGCUGGACAUGGCGAAAGUAACUCUUUGUCCGGACGACAACAAUUCACCUUGUUAUCCUGAGGUGAAGUGGAACUAUCUUCAGAACCAGUUUUCCAGCGCGUUAAUGACAUAAUCUGUACAUAUGGUAAUAGGAUAUAUAUACAAACAAUGCACCAUGGUAGGUAAAACUGAUUUAAGAUUUUAACUAUCACGAGAAUGGAUGGAUCCAGUGCCGUAGUAUAUAUGCAGUAAGUGUGUUUACGAUGAUCGCGUCAAGCACUUUUGUCUAAACAGGAAAGUAAUAUAUAGACGAUGUCUAUAGGAAAUAAAUAAUAAACAAUUAAAAAAAAAGAUAAAAAUUGAAAUCUUGCGUAUAUCUGAGAUUCGAAUUGGACUAAUGAGAAACCACUUUUUCGAGGUUGUUACUCCCGAAUAAUAGCUUCCGAUGUACUCAGUACUUGAAGUCGUCCUGGACGGUGGUCACGUAUGUAAUGGAUAUUUCUAAGCGAAAUUAUACGUUCUUCAUCGUCUAAUAUAACCUGGAUUCCGGCCGGCGGGAACAGAAGAGGCCACGAUUAGAGACGGGAAGUACGACGCUCAGAGAUGAUAGUGAAGAUUUAGGAAACAACACAAGUUAAUAUGACCAUAGUAACUCUACCGUAAGAAUUAUACGAUUUUUCAUAUACACGAUGUUAUGCCGUUUCUCUCUCUCUCUCUCUCUCUCUCUCUCUAUCUAAUGUUUAUCAUAGUGAUGAUACUGAGGAAGUUUAUGUCGGUUGGGCACAGCACUGGUCGCCGCAUUCUCUACGUUCUAACCCGGUUCGGUAUGCGACAAAGUUACGAAUUCUAUAGAUGUAACCAUUUUACACAGAUGAUGGUAAAACCCGACUUUGUCAAAGCGAAGCAACAAAUCGUAACCUAGGGAACGACAUCGUUGUAAUUAUUAAGGAUAAUGGCGAAGUAAACAUGAUACCAGUGGCAUUCAUAAGCAAAACUCCAAUGUAUCAUACCACGUUACAGAAUUACCCCAUUAGUGAAUAAAAUAAAACCGUGUUAUGCUUGUGAACCUCAA